ACAGCAAGCAACAUCUGCAAGAACAGUGUGACACAGUGAUUACUUUUUCAAACGAAGGCCAUUACUUUCCUCUUCCUCAGUCAGAUGCCUUCGAAAAAGAGGAAAUCAGGAACAUCCGGAUUGUAACACCGGACAGCCAUGAGCUUCACUCAGAUAUCUUAACAAACGAGCAGAUUCCUGGAAAUGAAGAAGUUAACUGGAGGCUAGGCAAAAGAAUCAGUCAAGAGCCAGUACUAUAUUACGACAGAGUUCACUCCAUCAAAGCUCAGACAAGGAAAGAACAAGAUGUGAACAGCAGAAACAAAGAGGAGAAUUGGGAUUCCACAGAAGAAGACCUCAGUCCAGAGGAAACUACACCAUCUUAUCCACUCGACAUUAUUAAAGAUCAGAGUGGACACAGCGAUGGAAAUAUUUCUACAACCGAAAGCAAUGACGCAAAGAAUCUUCUUAGAAUUGGUUUAAAAGAGGAUUCGAUCUGUUCCUCACAAGAAAGCGAGAAAUCAGAGGAAUGCCUACCAUCAAGUAAAGGAGCAAACUUCACGUGACUCGAUCAAGUACAGAGGAUGUGAUGAAAAGGCACAGAAAAGAUUUUCCCUAAAAAACCGUUGAGAACAUGACAUGCUGCAGUUUUCGAAUAAGAUCGUCAGGACAGCAAUAAAUUAAAGUGUCCGCCUCACUGGCGAGAACAAAAACACAGACACUACAUGGUGGAUAGCAACGAUCUGAUGUCUGUUGAUAUUUGUGCCCUAGUGUACCGUGAUGACUGCUCUUGUUGCUAAAUUACGUUAAUUACAUUGAUGAUGUGUAUCAGCGAAAAUUUGUUUAAUUUGUUUGACACGGCUGAUACGUACUUAUAGACUUCGGAGCGACUAUCCCACACUCCGUCAACACAAAAACUUUCAAAACUGUGACAGCGACAAAGAACGAUAACUUUGUCAUUGUUAAUCAGAGUUAGCUCUCUUCGACAGGACUGGCUGAAGGGACAGGUUUCCCAGUAAAUUUGUGUUUCUCUUGCCUUAUAUUGUGAUUUCCCAGCUUUCCACUUUCCCAUUGACUUUUUCUUUAACGGUCAAGUGUAUUCGUUUGUGAAACUCGCCAGCAGAUGGACAUUAACUAUGCAGCUAUACUGUGUUGUUUUUGUUUGUGUGCUACUUAUGUGUGUGUUUCUUAAUGUCGCGGCCGCAAGCUCCUUUAUCUUGUAUCAUUCUGAUCAACGACACUUGUGAACAAUGUCUGUAGGAAAGUUGUCCCAUUGACAGUAGCAGGCAACGCAGCAAGGACUGCAAACCCUUCAUGCUCAUUACUUUCAGUCUCUCACAAGCUGCAGUGUUCAACCAUCCACAUCGUCAAAGUGAACAGUUUGCAUUUGUUUUUUGCCAGGCUGUUCCUACUUGAACAUAUGCCUUAAUAAUGCACGGUACUCGCUUUUUAAUCAUUAUGCCACCACCCUAUUAUAACAAGAAAUUCCUACAUUAAAAAAAAAAAAUCAGAAGGCAGAUAUGUUAAAGAAUUUUUGUUUGUGCGUUCUUCUAGUAAAACUUUCCCAUUUUCUCUUAUGAAAGAACACCCCUGUCCAUAAAAAAUUGAAAGAUAGUGUUGUCUGCAAUAGCUUCCUACUUUUAAGUUUCUUUUGUAAAUUGAAGAAAUUUAAAGACGGCCUACUUAAGAUGGAGUAGUUAUAAUUAUUUGUUUCAUCAGCAAGAAAAAUGUGUUUCUCUCUCUGUCUUGAUAUUUAAAAAAUAGUCUGCAGUUUAUGUUACAUUUGUUCAUUUGUCUUGGUCUGUACACAAUUAUUAUUAUGUUACCGGUGUAUUUGUGUGUGUGGGUGUGUACAUUGCUUAUCUGGCCUACUCAGAGUAGUACAGCUUCAUUCUCACUCUCUUCGUGCUUUAGAAAUAUAUUUUUAUUGUCCA